AUUGGCCUUGUGGAUUGGAUUACCUGGUGGAAUACCAGGAAUUGGAAUAUGGAAUUGGAAUAUGGAAUUGGAUAUGGAAUUGGAAUAUGGAAUUGGAAUACUUGUGUCUAUGAAAAGAGGGAUUCUGGGGUAGAUGCAAGAUUUUGUAGCUGCCAAUGCAGCCUGUUGUAUCAGAUAGAAAGGAACAAUGAAACUGAAAGGACAUUGGAGCAGUGAAGCUGGAAUUGUAGAUACUAAUUGAUGGUCAGGUAAUAAAUUGAUAUUUAGAUGCCAAUUGAUAUUUAGAUACUAGUUGAUAAAUCAUAUUUAGAUACUACUUGAUAAAUCAUAUUUAGAUACUGAUUGAUAUUUUAGCUAUGGAUGUAACUAGCUGGACUUGUGAAUUGUAGUUACUGAUUGAUAUUUAUAUAGAAAUCGAUAUUUUAGCUAUGGAUGCAACAACUGGUAGAUGCUGUGAAGUUGAUAUUUAGAUGCUAAAUUGAUAUCUUACCUAUGGAUGCAACAACGGGCUUGUCAAUUGAUUGGUAUUUAGGUACUCAAUUGAUAUUCUAGCUAUGGAUGCAACAACUGGACUUGUGGAUGCUGUGAAAUUGAUAUUUAGAUAAUUGAUAUUUAGAUGAUUGAUAUUUAGAUGAUUGAUAUUUAGAUAUUUGAUACCUA